AUGUCGCACGUGUCGGAUCACCUGUACCGAUACCGUCGUAAGGUGCGAGCCCCGCGUCGGUCGAGCUCCCGACACACGCCCACCGCCGACCCGACCCUCGGAACCUUCAUCCACGUGGCGACGUCGCCUCUCACUCGCUCCGCCCCGUUCACUCGCUCGCAGGUCGUGAGGGAUCUCGCGUGGUCGCUGACGUCUCCGCACCUCCUCUCCGACGACGCCACGUCGCACGACGUCGUCCUGCUCACCGACGAGCACGCCGCUGGAUUGCUCGAGGACGCGCACGGGUGGCUCCUCGGUCUCGACGAAGACCCAUCGCACCUGACACGAUGGGUGGGCGCACAGAGGGGAGCUAACAAGCUGGGAUUCUACUUUGGCGCGCUGGUGGAGUACGCCGCGAGGUUCUGCCCGAGCGUCGGCGCGCGCGCGGUGACGACGCGGCGGCAGAUCGCCGGCGCACUCGGCACCGGGAAGAUGGUCGGGCAGCUCAAGCUCGUCAUGCUCCGAUCUUUCGAGCCAUCUUUCGGAGGGGUCUCGCGCCGACACCCGCCAAUUGAUGCAUACGACGAUGCACACGACGCCGACGAGGUGACGCACUGGGAGUACAACGUCAAGUACUUCAUCGACGCCGGCGGCGUCGUGUCCCCCGCGCGCAGGUGGCACGCCGCGGAGACUCUGGGCGUGACGCGUCAGACAUCCGGAGAAGUCUCCGUUGAAGACGUGUUCAACGGUGACGACAUCCUCUCCAUUGAAGACCGAGUCGUCCUCUCCGUCGCGAAACCCCCGUGCGGGAACAGCUGCUACGUCGGCCCGUUCCUGCACGAGAACAUGCGCGUCAGGGUGAUGGAGGCGUCGCGGAAGCUGCGUCUGGCGGCGCACCCGCGCGUGCGAGAGUGGCUCGGGGAGUGGGGAGCGGGCGCGGCGGAUCGCGAACGCGCGGACGAGCCGCCGCGUCAGUCGCCACGUCGGCGCCACGUCGGCGCCACGUCAUCACCGGAACGGAUCGCGCACGUCUCCGCGCAGAUCCUGCGCGGGUACCUGAUGUACCCGCUGGGAACGUGGGCGGACGCGGCGCCACGUGGCGACGCGUCGGCCAAUCACCUUCGGGGAUGGUGGAUCUCCGACGCCGCCGACCUUCGAUCCGUGCCGGCGUCGCCGCACCCGGGGGAAACGGACGGCGCGCACGACGGGGUUCGAUCCGGCGACCUCCCACACCGCGAGAGAUGUAAAGACCGACUCGACGACGACGACGACGACGACGACGACGUGAUGUGGGCGGUGCUGACGCGCAAGUGCCACUGGCUCGGCCCUUGCGUCGCCGAACGCGCGAACGACGACGCGACACCCGCCGGUUCUUCACCCGGUUCUUCACCCGAUUCCGCCGCGUGCGACGGGAUCAUUCCGCCGUCGUACGUCGUGGCGGGGAUCCCGGAGCUCGGGAUCGGUGACGCGGAGGUGCACCCGACGUCGAGGGCCAUCGAGGUGAUCGAGUCGAUCAUCGCCGCCACCGGUCGCGGCGUUCUUGUGUGCGAGAUGAUAAGGGCCCUUGACAGUGACGAAAAUGUUUGGCGCGAGCGUAGCCGGGGUUUCGUGCUCCCGCCGAGUUGGGACCCGUGGACCACGGUGCUGCGUUCGGACCCGUUCCGUCGCAGGUACGAGCGCGGGCGAGCGGUGAGGGCGCCCGCCGGGAACGCGAACGUCGCCGGUUCAAACCGCGACGGGAUCUCAUUAAACGGAAAUUUCGCGAAAGAUUCGUCGUCGUCGUUCGUCGUCGGCGGCGGCGUCAGGCCCGCGCUUGACCCGGACGGGGAGUUCGAGGUGAUGUACCCCGACCGCGUCGACGUCGCCGAGCUGGGCGACGACGUUCGCGUCAGGGACAAGGCGUCGGCGCGGUAUUCGAAGCUCGCGGGUGGUGAAAACUCCGUACAGGGUUACGAAAAUAGUACACGGGGCCCCGCGAGGCGAACGCGAGGCGAGGAGGGCGCCAGGCGCGUCGACGCGGGCGAGCGCCUGAUGACCGCGGCGGCGGGCGGUUCGAGCGGAGGUGCCGAGGGUGCCGAGGGUGCCGAGGGUGCCGAGGGUGCCGAGGGUGCCGAGGGUGCCGAGGGUGCCGAGGGUGCCGAGGGUGUCACGCGCCGGGCGAGGGCGGACGCGCUGCUGGCGGAGCUCGCGAAAGUCGUCGAGGAGGACGACGGGCAACUCGCGAGGCCGAUCCGACCGCACCUCGUGCGAUCGCUCGCCGUCGUGGGCGGGCACUCGGGGAUGCGAUCUGUCGGGGACGAUACAGACGACGCACUGAACGGGGCGACGCGGGCGAGGCGCGACGCCGCCGCCGCGAGUAAUCUGGUCGCCGCCGCCGUAUCGGGCGCCGUCGUCUGCCUCGAAUCCCUAAAUGACUUUGGUCGCUCGACUUUGACGUCAAAGUCGACGUCUUCAACGUCUUCAACGUCUUCAACGUGCGCGAUGUCCGAGCGACGCGGCGUCGCGCACGCGCUGCUCGACGCCCUCGGUCCCGCGGCGCGCAGGGCCGGGUGCGUCGGCGCCGAGUUCGCACCCUCGGCGCGUUGCGUGUUUGACCUCUGCCUCGGGAAAGACUCCCGAGGUAGUGGUGGAACCGAGGUAGUGCGCUGGCGCAGGACGGGCGUGUGCCCGCGCGUCGCCGUUCGCUUCGCCGGCGUUCUCCGUCUAAAAAGCGACCUCGUCGUGGACCCGGGAGACGCCGCCGCGCUCGCCGAGUCGCUCGCGGAAGCCGUCGAGGCGCACUGGAAACUGAGGCGGGUCGGGAAGGGGCGCGAUGAGGACCAGGACGAUGAGGACCAGGACGAUAAGGAGGACGAAGAUGAGGACGAAGAAGAGGACGAUGAGGAGGACGAUAAAGACACGCCCGUCGCGAGAGCCGGCGCGGUGGUUGAGCUCCUGUGCUGGCGCGGCGAGGGCGAAUCGCUCUCCCCGACCGCCGCCGACGUCCUCACGCGCGCGUGCGUGGAGAGCGGCGCCGCGGGCGCGGCGGCGCGACUGGCGACGGCUCGCCCGGCGCUUCGCGAACCCUUGGCUCGGGCGCACGCGGAGGUUGGCAACCACAAGGCGGCUAAACGAGCCGCCGCGAUGGGUUUCGAGCGCGGUGGUUUCGACUUUGAGCCCGCGGGCGCGUCGACGGCGUCGCGGGCUUUGUUCCAGCCUUUGUUUGACGCGUCCGACGUGUCCGACGACGAAGUCCACGGCGGAGCGGCGGUCCCGCUCGACCGACUGUUGGCACCCGCCGGCCGUGUCGUGUUGGCGGACACUCUCGACGCCCUUCGCGUCGCGCGUCUCGAGCUCGAGGCGGCGACGCGACGCGACGACUGUCCUCGUCACAGUUCUCACGACUGUUCUCGUCACGGUUCAUCGAGAGAUCACGGUUCAUCGAGAGAUCGCGGUCUCGAGUCGUGUUCCGUCGUGGGCGUGGACUGCGAGUGGCGGCCCGGGCGGCGGUCGGGAGACGACGCGCAGAUGGCGCCGGUGAGUCUGCUGCAAAUCGCCGCGGGCGCGUCCGCGGCGCAGGACCCAACGAUCGGAGCGAGAGUCGUCUUGGUGGAUUGCUUCGCGUUGUUGGGUCCUCGCGCGGCUCCGGAAGCCGCGGAAGAGUGCGUGAAUUUCAUCGCGCGGGUCUUCGAGCGAUGCGUGCUGUGCGGCUUCGGCGUCGCGUCCGACGUUCGAAGGCUCCUCGCGAGCUACCCCGAGCGUUUCCAGAAACGGUUCGCCGGGGUGUCUUGUCGCGUGGUGUGCGUCAGGGAAGCGGCGAUUGGUUUUCGUUUUUUCCGCGAGCGCGAGUGCCGCGGUUUGGCGGCGAUGUGCGCUCGAGCGCUCGGGGGCAGGGCGAUUGACAAGUCGCAGCAGAGGAGCGAUUGGGGUGCGAGGCCGCUGACGAGGGCGCAGAUCUCGUACGCCGCGCUCGACGCGCUCGCGCCCGCGAUGAUCCUCCGCGCGCUCGCCGCGAGGGUGAAUUCGGACGUUUUUAAAAACGGUUCUUUUUCGAGCGCGGACGUCGCGGCGGCGUGCGCCGCGUGGAUCCGGAGGGAGACGCUGGAGACGUCGAUGGCGAGGUUGGGAAGGUCGGUUCGGGUCGAGGCGACGGUCGCGGGAUCGAUUCCGCUCGUCGCCGCGGACGUCGCCGCCGCGCUGCGCGACUCGGGCGGCGAAGCGCUCGGUUUGCGCGUCGAGGACUGGAACGACGAAAACCAAAACCAAAACCAAAACCAAAACCAAAACCAAAACGAGGACGAAAAGUCGGCACCCGGGGACGGGGACGGGGACGGGGACGCCGGCGACGACGCGCGGAAUCGAACCCGCGGCCGCGACGCGACGCUUUGCAAGUCUCUCGGGUUUGUCGUCGACUGGUCGUCCGGUGGGGGAAGACGGUUGGUGGUGUGCGUGCUCCCCGCACGGAACGGGUCCGUCGUCGACGUUCGAAAGCUCGCGGCUUCGCUCUCAUUCUCGUCGUCUGAGAAAUUGUCGGAGAAAGAGAAAUCCGGCGCGGAAUUGAACCCGCGACCUCCGGCGUCCUCUGUCCGGCUGGCCACGCCCGCCGAGCUCGUGACGGACUUUGGGUACCCGCGGGGGUGCAUGGGACCGAUCGGGCUUCGACGAGGACUCGGAGCGUACGACGUCGUGUUCGACGAGUCGCUUUUCGCUCCCGACGCGGGUUCGCGCCCGGACGUCGACGAAAGGAAGUUCCAAAGGGAACCCCAAAGGGACGAAAGGGAGUUCGAAAGGGAGUUCCAAACGGACGAAAGGGAGUUCCAAACGGAGUUCCAAACGGACGAAAGGAACGGCGGGACCGCGCGCCGGAUGCUGGCCGUGGGCGCCGGCGCGGCGGGCGUUAAGGUGACGGGCCCGGCCGACGCGUUCGUCGAGGUCACCCGCGGCGUCGUCGCCGACAUCUCGUCGCCCUCUCGGCGGUCCGACGAGUAG